AUGCGGUGCGUAAAUGGUCAGAUAAAACCAGAGUCAGGAUUUCUGUCGCUCUCCUCUGAGCUUCUGCAUUUUCUGACAACGUCGGGAGCGACAAUUAAAGAUGGCGGUGGCGGUGGUGGCAGCGGCGGCGGCGGCGGCGGCGGCGAUGAUGAUGUUGCUGCUGCUGCUGCUGCUGCUGCUGCUGCUGAUGAUGAUGAUGAUGAUGAUGAUGAUGAUGAUGAUGAUGAUGAUGAUGAUGAUGAUGAUGAUGAUGAUGAUGAUGUUCCAUCUGGAUCCACCUCUUAG